CCAAGCGUAGCUUAAACUCUCUUUAAUUUCCACAAAGCUAAAACUUCAAUUCCCCGGCGGCGAAGAAAGCAUGCAAAGAAGAUUCCGGCGAGCCUUCACUUCCAUUAAAGAACACGCAUAUGUGAGUUACGCAAAGAUGGCCAGCGCCGGCGGCAUCUGCGACCUGGAACUCAUAGUAGUAAAAGCCACCUCUCCCGACGACACUCCCUUGCCCGACAGAUACAUUCACCACCUCCUCCGAAUCUUCUCCAUCUCCCCCACUUCUCUCCGCGCGUUCGCCUUGUUCUUCGCCAGGCGGUUCGGCGGCACGCGCUGCUGGCGCGUGGCACUCAAAUGCCUCCUCCUCCUGCACCGCCUCCUCCGCUCCUCCGACGCCGCGCUCCGGACCGAGCUCCUGUGGGCCAGGGCGCACCGGUACAUCACUCUCUACCCGUGCGAUUUCGUGGACCGGACGUCCACGUCAUCGUCGGGAGAGUACACAAUCUUCGUCAGAUCGUACGCGCGGCUCAUCGACGAGGCUCUCGAUCUAGAUUGCUUCUCCAUCAAGGAGAUUUCGGAGGAGGAGAAGGAGGACGAAGAAUUCUGUUACGGCGAAAUUCUGUUCAACAGAAUGAAGGAAUUGCGAGGGAUUUUGGAAGCGUUGCCGCGGAUUCAGAGCUUGAUAGAUCGCGUGAUGGAUUGCCGGCCGGCGGCCGCCGAGAGUAGCGUCCUCGUCCGAUCCGCGAUGGAGCUUAUUGUACGGGAGAGCUUCGCGAGCUAUGGCGUUUUCGAGGAAGAAGUGGUAGGAGUGUUGGAGAACAUGAUCCAGAUGCCGUACAGGAACUGCGUGGCGGCGUUUACGAUUUACAAGAAGGCGGCGGCGCAGGCGGAGGAAUUGAACGAGUUUUACGAGUGGUGUAAGUGUAUGGGGCUGUGUGGAUCGUGCGAGUAUCCAUUGGUUGGUAGGAUUCCGCAGAUUCAAAUUCUGGCUCUGGAGAAUUUCCUGAAUGGAAUGUGGGGGUUGAGUGAUUCGCCAGCGAAUGAGGAGGAGGCGGUUGGGAUGGCCGGAAAAGACGGAGAUGAGUGUGAUGGGAAGGAAAUUGGGGAAUUGAUAGAUUUGGGAUGUGAUGAGAGUAGUGUGGGUUGGGAGGAAUUGUUGGAUGCCUCCAUAACCAUGCCAUGCAUGGCUUCUGAUAAGGAAAAGAGUUUGACAGAGCAUAAUAAUAAUGUUGAAUGGCAAAUGCAAUUAUACAAUCCCAUUCAUCAACUGCAGCCAACAAGUCCUUUGCAAAUUGGCUCAUUUCCACCCACUCCACAGGGUGUUUGAUACUCGUAUUAAUUUGUAAAAUUAAAUUCACAUAUAUUUUUUGAGUGACGAAAACUAAUAGAAAUGAAUCUUAUUACUUUAGUUAGCAAAAAACAAGACUGAACAAACUGUACCUUGUGACCACAAUCGUUAUGGGUCCACAAUGUAUUGUAGACCCUGACCCGAAACGACGUCGUUUCGAAUGUUAGUCAACAGGUUAUUGGACUUGGCUGUUUCGAAUGACAUCAGGGAAUACCGUUUCAACUAAUGUCGAUGCAACUACACAGAAAUCAUCCUCCUAACAUUCGAAUAUAAAACAUGUUACAGCC